AUCCGUGCUGUUUCUGGUAUUCGUAUGUCUUUCCAGUUGCAAGUAAUUUUGUAUCCCAGUGAAAUCUCUUCGACAGCAAUCAUUCGAGGAGCUAAAGAUCCUAAGAACUCUCAGGACUCUAAAUCAUUUUCACCGAACAACAAUUCUGCAAAUACAGUUUAUUGUAUUAAUCAUGCUCUAUACAAUAUGUUGAGAACCAAUCGACAACACCGUCGAUCCUUAAUAGUAAAUCUGUUGGCUUUGUUUGACGAUCGACAGGACUCAGCGGUGCUCGCUAGUGAAAACUCAGCAACCCAGAAUCGUUUAAGUCAAUUGAUUUUUAUUGCAGACCACUUGGCACAUUUUCCUUAUAUGGUUCUUGAUGAAGUGUAUUAUGUUGCAGAUUUAACUGAACAAAGAAUCAGUCUUAUGGGACCUACUAUUUUACGGUCAUUUUAUCGAAGUUUGCUGCCUGGCUUUCAAAGCAAACGCUCAAAUUCUGAUGGUUCUGAAUCAUCCAAACAUUCUGUAAAUGAAGACCAAAAAUCAGUUAACGAAAAUGAUCUUAUGGAUUAUCUUGACAAGUGUGCAGAGAAGUUGCCGAGAGAGUAUGAUCUAAGCACUUCAUUGAUAGACAUGGAUAUAAUAAAAAGUUUAGAUAACCAAAGUUCCUGUAGUUCAUUGGAAAAAGAAAUGCAACAUCUCUUUAAACAUUGUCAGUCAGAUACUUUAAAGGGAAAAGCUCGAUCGUCUAUGAUUUAUUCGGGACCACCAUGUGUACUGCUGAUUGCCAUAUGGAAGUUUAUACGGGAAUACUAUGGUGUGUCAUACAGCAAACUGAAAAUGUAUUCACCAUCUGAUUCCUCGAAGCUGUUCGAAAAGCCGAUUGUCUUACCGAAACACUCAAAUCUAUCUGAUCAGUUGAUGACAUUGCCACUCAUUAUUCACCAGUAUGCAUGUAAUCCUGCUUGGAACGACAUAUCGAAAGGACCUCCAGAUCAUAUUCUUUUACGUCAUUUUCUUGUGCUACGUCGAGAACUGAUGCUUCAUGAAGAUAGCACUCUAGACGAACCACUCAUAGAAAAUACAUCCAAAUCUAAUUCGCAAGCUCUUAAUGCUAAAGAAAACCGGAAAAACGACUACCAAAUGAAAGAGAAAAGUGAAGAGGGUCCAUCAGGUUUGUGCAACCGGUCGACUGCAUCCAAACAUUCUAAGUCGACUUCUGAACACUGUGUUUCAACUAAGUAUGGUCCUGGCAGCUCUUUCGACCAAAAACGUGACAGUUCGAGCAAAUCUCAGCUUGCAAAUCCUCCAAGAAAGCGCAAGCUUACAAAGCGUGUGUCCUCAAGAUCAGCCUCUUUAUCAUCGCUUUCAGACUCUUCUAAUGAAACAGUGGAUGAAAUUACAUUGAAGAAGAAUAUCAAUAUAACAAAAUCGGAGCGUGCUCUUGACCAACGAUCUCAAAAUUUACAAUCAAUAUCGGUUAAAAGUCAUAACCGACUAUCACAGCGUUCUAACUACUCUACAGACUCUGACUCUGUUGAGUUGAACAAUACCAAAACCUCAAGGAAGGAUGAUAAUCCCCGUGGUCAUCAGUCUCGAUUGCGAUCAAGCCCAGAUUCAUCAAACAAACCUGGUUUUCCAAGUCAGUCAGGUCGAUCAAAUUUUGAGUCAUUGGAUUUGAUGCAAAUUCAGAUUCUACAUCUUUGGAUAGCUCUGUUAUUAAAAAUCAAAAUGUAAAUUCAAAAGUUGGAAAACGUAGUAUUCAAAAUGUUGCCAGUCAAUCAAAGAAGCAAUCCACAUCUUUUUUGCCUUCAAAAAGUCCUGUCAAAAUAAAAAAUCCUGAAUACCAGGAAAUAGAAGUUAGUAGGCAUCCUAAAACUGCUCCGUAUCAUAGUCGUCAUCAUAUGACUGGUUCAAAGCAGUCAACAGGUCCAACUCGUACCCUUGCACCAUUGCCAUCGGCUAUGAUGAACAGUACAAAUGCACAACGUUCAGGAAAGCAUUCCUUUACAAAUAAACCAGCUAAACAUAAUUACAAACAGUCAGGAUCCAUCAUUAAACAAGAUUCUGAAAGCACUCCUCAGCAUUAUUCUGUUGACAGUGGUAAUCAUCAUAAAUCACGAGGAAAGAAUCAAAAAGAAAAACCAUCAUCAUCUCAUAAAGUCACUCAUACAAGUAAAAAUCGAUCUCACAAAUCAGAAGAUCAACGAACAGUAAAUAGAAAUUCGUUGAAUUUCGUAGUUCUAAAAUGCGCCAACGUGAUCCAUUUGUCAAGUUUAGUUCUCAGAAAAAAGUUCGAAAGUUUUGGGUUUUCUUACUUAUCAAACACCAGUUUUUUAUUCAGCCGUGACGAUUUAAAGUCCAGUAAUCUGUUCAGUUUGUUUUGAAAUAUUUAAUGACUACGCCUAACACAAGCGUUACUCCACUGACCAUUUUGUUGCUGUUAUCGAAUAUUACAUGCGGCUAGACCGAUAGUGAAUUAUAACACAAAGUUAUCAAAACCUGCGAUUCCUAGAGGACAGGCGUGUUCCAUCUUACAAAUUUACGUGUAUUAUCUGGAAUAAAUUUAACGGAGAUUAUGCUAAUUCUGCAGUUGAAACCAUCAUUCGUCAUCGUAUUUUCGUGACUGAUGAAAGUUGUAAAACUUACUAUGAGUUUUUGAUUUAUAUACCCUCCCAGCUCUAUCCGUAAAACAAAUUGCAAUUUUGAGGGAUUUCAUUAAUUUGAAUUGAUUGGUUUUUAGCAUUAAACUGAUCAUCAGUACCUUACAAUUUCACUGUGCAACAUGUGGUUUAUAAUUAAAGACUCAGUCACUGGGUUAUUUAUUGUUUCAUAUUUCCGUUUCGAUAGCCUAUCAAUACUGUUAACCGUUGUAUAGCAAUCAAGUAUGAAUUAACAUUUCUCAGUUUUCGAGUAAUAUCCCUCUAAACUGAUUGUAAACUAGUAUAGAAUUGCGUGUACACUUACGCUUUCUAUAUUCUUGUUUUUUAUUGCUUUGCACGUGAAUACAUUGUUCUGUCUUUAUAAUAUGAAGUCAACUUUAAUCAAAUGACUUGUAUGUGUUUUGGACUGCUGCUAUUCUUUUUCUUCAGGUUGAGACAUUGUCCGAUUGUGAUAAAAGUAAUGAACAACUAUCUGAUUCUAGUGGGUCUUCUAUUUCAUCUUCAUCUUUAUCAUCAUCAUCAUCAUCUACAACAACAUCUGAGGAUAGUCUUUCAACGUCAUCCUCUUCUUCAUCGUCAUCAUCCUCGAUUAUUCAAGCUCAGUUAAAACAAAAAAAGAAAAAAAUCAGUUGACGCUUUUGGUUAUUCUUUUCUUGGAAAGAAGCAGGUAAAAGCUCUUGGGAACAUUGGAUUCUCGUUACUGUAACAGAUAGUUUAGGCCCGUUUUGUUGCUAUCUGCUGUUUUGAGAUAUAAACUAUCCUCCAGUAUCUCUUGCAAUUAUUUUAUGUUUCGUGCAUUAUUGUUACCGUUUAUUUUCUCGUUGAUAUAACUGUUGGGUCAUUUAACCAACAUUUAAUAUGUUUUUCAAAUCUGACAAAGGUAACUGAACACACCCACUACCGAAAGCUCAAAAGCAUUCCUUUUUAAGUGUUUAAGCGCCUUUCUGCUUGAAUGAAUCCCCUUAACAGGUUAGAAAUAUCCACCUUGUCAACUUGUGUAUGCAUUGAUUCCAUUCUGUGUGUGAGAGAAAAACAAGGAAAUCUACACAAGAAUCUCUUAUUUUCUUUUGUGUAUAAUUCAAAAUUCUUGUUGUAUAUAGUGCUGCUAAUAUAUACAGCUUUUGUUUAUCUGUUGGUAUAAUUUACAACUUUUCCAAAAACAUUUUCCCUAAAUCUUUGUUUCUCUUAAAUGCCCCUCCUCCGCUGUAUGUAAGAUGUAUUAUAUGUUAAAUCGUGAUUGUGCAUGAGGUUGUUACUUUUUUAUAUGCUUUAUUUUGGAUAUGAAGGGUAAACAUUUCGAUACAUAUUUUAUCCUAGCUAUCCGCUAUCAUCACCACUAAUCUCUCCUUCCUAUUGGCAUGCAGACAUGUCUUGUAGAUCUGCUCGUCGUCUUUUCCUGUUUCCCUAUGCACUUAUUUGUCUAUUUCCCGAGAGAGGUGAUUGACUUUUCUCAAACAACUCUGGUCAUUUUUCUUGUAUUCUGUCCAAGGGACACCGCAU